UCCCCGGAAAAUUCGCGGCAACUCAGGUUGGGUAUUUCGGGAGCGGAGGGACGGGCAGAAGUCCGCAAGAAACACCUGGACGCGGGAAGCAAAGGGUGCGCGCGCGUGUGUGUGUUUGCGCGCGCGCGCGCGCUUGCGACCAAUGUUGACACGCCGAAGUAAAAUCGAGAAAGAAGGAGACGAGCUUGCAGAGGGCAGGGAAGAGGUAGAUCGCUAGCAAAAUAACAGGAAAUGGAGCGAAAAAGCCGAGCCUUGGCCAGCAAGAUGCAGAGCUCAAUGCUGAGUUUCUCUAUUCGGCGGAGCGCCCUGCACGGCUUUGGAUGUACCGCGUGAAGGGGUUAAUGCCUCGUAGCCAGCUUUGGUACCUUCUCGGGAUGUGGGAAUUAGUGGCUUAAGAGUUCUCGCCGCCUUUAUUGAUAAAGGGAGAUUGCGGUAUGAGGCAUAAUAAGUAGCGCCAAAAAGUUCCUUCGAGGGUGAGGAAGGUGAGAUUACUGGAGCAUGGCAAACCCCGCCGGCUUAGACUUUGCUGCAGUGGAAGGCUUCCUAGACAGACACCCGGAGCUGGUGGAGAAGUGGCUUACGAGGAGAACCGCCCUCCUUAGCAAAGGAGCGCCUGACUUUAGCGACGGUGGGGCGGAAAGGCAGCUAAGUGGACAUCACAACGGCCUCUCGCCUCGGAGCGGCCCCUCGUCCACAGCCCCCCCUAGCCUGGAGCCGACGGCCGGCGGGCUGCAGCACCGAGCGUCCCAGAAAGAGCUGAGGAAAAGUUUCGCGCGCUCCAAGGCGAUCCACGUGAACCUGACUUACGACGAGCACCUCCACGCCAGGACUCAGGAGCCGCUGAGCAGCGCCAGGAGAAGGGCGCUGCUGAGAAAAGCCAGCUCCCUGCCGCCCACCACGGCUCACCUGCUCAGCGCUCUACUCGAGUCCCGGGUCAACCUGCCCCAGUAUCCGCCCACCGCCCUGGACUACAAGCGCUACCUGAAGCAGCACAACGAGCGGCAGUUCUUUCUGGAGCUCGUCAAGGACAUUUCCAACGACUUGGACCUCAGCGCGCUCAGUUACAAGAUACUCAUCUUCGUCUGCCUUAUGGUGGACGCCGAGAGGGGCUCCCUUUUCCUGGUGGAAGGCGGCGGGGGGAAGAAGAGCUUGGUCUCCAGGGUCUUCGACGUGCACGGGGGCGCCCCGGUACUGCCUUGCUACAGCACGGAGAACUCCAACGAGAUGCAGCAGCUCUGGGGCAAAGGCGUCGUCGGUUAUGUGGCCGAGCGCGGCGAGACCGUCAACAUGCCCGAUGCUUACCAGGACCACCGCUUUAAUGACAAGAUUGACAAACUGACAGGAUACAAGACCAAGUCAUUGCUCUGCAUGCCUAUAAGAAACAGCGAGGGCGAAAUCACUGGAGUUGCACAAGUGAUAAAUAAAACUCCUGGAGGUAUUCCUUUUACUGAUGAUGAUGAAAAAGUAAUGGAAAUGUACCUUCCCUUCUGUGGUAUUGCCAUAUCCAAUGCUCAAUUGUUUGCUGCUUCCCGGAAGGAGUACGAUAGAAGCAGAGCCUUGCUGGAGGUGGUUAAUGAUCUCUUUGAAGAACAGACAGAUCUGGAGAAAAUUGUGAAAAAAAUUAUGCAUCGAGCCCAGACUCUACUCAAAUGUGAGCGUUGCUUGGUAUUGCUUCUUGACGACAUUGAAUCACCAGAGGUAAAAUUUACCAAGUCCUUUGAAUUGAUGUCUCCAAAGUGCAUAGCUGAUACAGAAAAUAGUUUCAAAGACAAUUUGGAGAAACCAUCAGCAUCUUAUUCAGACUGGCUAGUGAAUAACAGCAUUGCUGAACUUGUAGCUUCCACCGGCCUUCCAGUGAACAACAGUGAUGCCUAUCAGGAUCCUCGCUUUGAUGCAGAAAUUGAUCAGAUGUCUGGUUUUCAUAUAAGAUCUGUACUCUGCGUACCUAUAUGGAAUAACAGUCACCAAAUAAUUGGGGUUGCUCAGGUGCUGAAUAGACUUGAUGGAAAACCUUUUGAUGAUGCUGAUCAGCGACUCUUUGAGGCUUUUGUUAUAUUUUGUGGCUUGGGCAUCAAUAAUACUAUAAUGUAUGAUCAAGUGAAGAAGUCCUGGGCAAAGCAAUCUGUGGCUCUUGAUGUGCUGUCUUAUCAUGCAACAUGUUCAAAGGCAGAACUUGACAAAUUUAAGACAGCAAACAUCCCUCUGGUGUCAGAACUUGGUAUAGAUAACGUCCACUUUGAUGAUUUUUCCCUUGAUAUGGAUACCAUGAUAACAGCAGCCCUCCGGAUGUUCAUGGAGCUUGGAAUAGUUCAGAAAUUUAGAAUUGACUAUGAGACACUGUGUAGGUGGCUUUUGACAGUGAGGAAAAAUUACCGAAUGGUUCUGUAUCACAACUGGCGGCAUGCUUUCAAUGUGUGCCAGCUCAUGUUUGCCAUGUUAACUACAGCAGGAUUUCAGGAGAUUCUGACAGAAAUAGAAAUUUUAGCUUUGAUAGUUGGAUGUUUAUGCCAUGACCUUGAUCACAGAGGAACAAACAAUGCCUUUCAAGCUAAGAUUGGGUCUGCUUUAGCUCAGCUCUAUGGGACAUCUGCCACUCUGGAGCAUCACCAUUUCAACCAUGCUGUAAUGAUUCUUCAGAGUGAGGGUCACAACAUCUUUGCUAAUUUGUCCUCCAAGGAUUACAGUGAUCUUAUGCAGCUUCUGAAGAAGUCAAUACUGGCAACAGACCUCACUCUCUAUUUUGAGAAGAGGACUGAAUUUUUUGAACUUGUCAACAAAGGAGAUUACAACUGGAAUGUUAAAUAUCAGCGAGAGGUAUUCCGUUACAUCCGGGAGUAUCUGUGGAGUGGGUCAAAAAAAAGAUCAAUGCUAAUGACAGCCUGUGACCUUGGCGCUGCAACAAAACCAUGGGAGAUUUCAAGACAGGUAGCUGAACUGGUAACAAGUGAGUUCUUUGAACAAGGGGACAGGGAGAGAUCUGAGUUGAAACUCACACCUUCUGCGAUAUUUGAUCGGAACAGGAAAGAUGAACUGCCUCGAUUCCAGCUGGAAUGGAUUGAUAGUAUCUGCGUGCCUCUCUAUCAGGCCUUAGUGAAAGUGAAUGGAAAACUGAAGCCUAUGCUGGACUCUGUGGUGGCCAACAGAAAAAAAUGGGAGGAAUUGCAUCAGAAAAGUUUGCUUUCUCAGACAACAUCCAACUUAGCCAUGUCUCCAGAGAGCAUAAAAUAAGUCUACGUCUGUUUCCUGUUCCUAGGAUAAGAGAAUCAAAAGAAAGUUUUGUCUCAUAGUAUUUAAUUAAUAAUAUAUAAGGCAGGCAAGAACGUAUGCAAUCUCAGUGAAAACACUAAGGCCAAGUCUUAGCGUUUCUUACAGGCCAACACAUGGUCUGAGGGGAGAAUCUACAGGGAGACAAUUGGGUUCCUGCUGUAAUCUGGAAAGCUUCACUGAGUCUGGAUCCUGUCAGCUUCUUUCAGCAAGUCUUAAGAAAAUUGGCAAAUAUGGUCACAAAGGAUUCAUAUAAGUGGAACUCAUAGUUCAUGAAAAUUAAUAAAAGGAAGCUGUGACUGAUUUUUAAAAAAUGCUGAAGCUUCUUCAAGAGACUCUGAAAAAAGGGAUAAUUUUUGUAAAAAUAUUUUGAGAUUGCACCUUUCCAGCUUUUAUUAGUAUGAAUGGUUAUUUCUGCGCUUGUGAAAUCUGUCUUUUUACCCCUUUUCUGUUCUAUUUGGUUUAUUCAGAGAAGCCUGCUUUAUAUUCUGAAGAAAUAUGUUUUUUACAACAAGCCUCAUAGGAUUAAACAAGGCUUUUAGAAUUGUCCCUCUUCGCUGUAUUUGAGGGAGGGAAAAUGAACUUUAUUACAGUUAAAAAGACGAACCUGCUUGGACUUCCUUGAUUUCAUAUUAGCAACCCAAUUUGAAUUGCUCUGCAGGCAGAAGCUUAUAUAAAGGUAAAAUUCUGCAUGAUACUUUUAGAAUUCUGUAAUUUCAUUUUUACAGCUGCUUUGCACAUCUUAAGAAGAGAAUCAGUGGUAUAUCCAGAAAACUGCAUAACAAAAACAAAACCUUGCCUUGGGUAGAGAACUUGCACUAUAGGAUAUGAAUGUAGCUUUCUGGUACAUUUUCAGAAAAUUAUUAUUUUUAAGUCUGAUAUGACAUUAGAUGAUAAUAUGAAAAGAGCAAUGACUACCUCUGCUUUUUCUAGCUAUUUUCUUACACAUGUUAAUCUGUCUUAGCUAACAGAAACUAAGUCACCAUUGCAUGUGCUCUGGUAAUUAUUUUUUUGCAUGUUGGCAAUCCUUGACUUAUAAAAUAUCCAGAGAUGUCUGCAGUUGAAGUGAACUCACUUCUGUUAAUGAAACAUCAAAUUUAUUUCAGCACUGCCAUGGCAAGUUACUAGAUUUCUAUUCCCUAAUGAGGUGUGGAAUUACAUCUAUGUUCCAUUCUCAUUGCGUGGUCUAUGGAUAAAUUAUGCUUGCUCCAGGAAGGAUGUUGUACACAUGUCCAACCACAACCCAGUCAACACUUACUGAAAAGUUUUGUGAGCUGAGAACACCUGAGUCCAAACAAUUUGGGUGCCUAACACGACAACCUGUCAUAUGGAUUGGCAUGUAGUUAGGAUCACUCUGGGUUACCGGCACUUCCCAAAGUGCGGGAACAAAGGGUCUGAGGAAGAUGGUUGGCUAUAAUUUCUGCUACCCUUUUAAACCCCUACCAAAGAUCAUUUAGAAGUAAAAUGAUCUCUAGAUACUCGGAAUUCUUACAGAAGAAGAUGCUUGUAAAUUGAAAACACUACUGAGCCCCUCCCCUUUCAGAACUUAACAGAAUUUAGGUAGCAGAAAAGGCUGGAGUAGAGGGAAAAAGUGAAAAAAGAUCUAAUGCUAUCAGAAAUCAGGCAAAGUCAAUUUAUGAGAGCAGUUGAAACAAUAAUGAAUAAAAGCAUAAUAGAGAAUCAGAAUUUUAUCUAGUCCUUUAACAGCAAAAAAAAAAAAUAGUUGGAAUGAAAAAGUACUCUCCUAAACUUAACAGGAAUAAUUUUUAGGUCAGAAAACUCGCAACUCCCAGCUCUGCAUUUGCUGUACAUCUGAAAUACUUGGUUUGAGGUUGGUAGGAGCUUGAUGGUGAAAGCUGGGCUGCUCUGAGGGAUCCUUUUAUCAUUUCCUUUUAUCUGAAAUGCUUCCCAUUCAAUAUCCAGCAGAUUCUGAAUGUUAUUUGGCAUCUAAGAGGUUCUGCGUCGAGUGUGAAAGGGAGCGGAGGGUUUACCUCAACUGCAACAAUAGCAUUUUAUUAUUUAACAGAAAUGAGUAGUCCAACAUAACAAUUAUUUUAGGGGACAUGUUCAAGCACAUUACAGGUGUGAUCAUUUACCCAAUUUCAGCAAUAGAAAUUUAUUUAUUUAUUUAUGAGACUUAUAUACCACUUUAAGUGCAAGCACUCUCUAAGCCAGUGGUUCUCAA